AUGAAUGAAUAUGAACCACUUGAAGUAAUUGGCAAAGGUUCAUUUGGAACAGUACGAAAAGUUAAAAAUAAAAUAGAUGGCACCAUAUUAGUACGUAAAGAAAUUGAAUAUAAUUCAAUGAAUUCCCACGAACGAAAUCAAUUAAUAUCAGAAUUAAGAAUAUUAAGAGAAUUAAAUCAUCCAAAUAUAGUUAAAUAUUAUAAACAUGAUCAUUUACCAGAUUUGAAAUCAAUUCAUAUAUAUAUGGAAUAUUGUCAAGGUGGUGAUUUAUCACAUAUAAUCAAUAAUUUCAAAAAAAAUAAUGAAAAAGUACCUGAAGAAUUUAUAUGGUCAGUUAUGAUACAAAUCUUAUUAGCAUUAUAUCGAUGUCAUUAUGGAAUAGAUUGUAAAAAAGUUAAUUUAUUUAAAAAUGAGCAACAACAUGCGAAUUCACCAAUUAUAAAUCAAGACUCAGUUAUAAUACAUCGAGAUAUUAAACCAGAUAAUAUAUUCAUAUCCAAAACAAAUACUAUAAAAUUGGGUGAUUUUGGUUUAGCCAAAAUGUUAACAUCAACUAAUGAAUUUGCAAAAACAUAUGUUGGAACUCCUUAUUAUAUGUCACCAGAAGUUUUAAUGGAUCAACCAUAUGAUCCAGUGUGUGAUAUUUGGUCAUUGGGUUGUGUUUUAUAUGAAUUAUGUUGUUUACAACCACCAUUUCAAGCUAAAACUCAUUUACAAUUACAAGCAAAAAUUAAAAGAGGUCAGGUACCUGAAAUUGAUCAAGAAUAUUCACAGCAAUUAAGAAAUAUUAUAAAAGAUUGUAUAACUGUUAAUCCAAAUGAUAGACCAACAUGUUUUGAUUUAAUAAAUACAUUAAGCAUACGAUUUUUAAGAAAAGAAAUGGAGUUAAAAGAAUUAAAUGUGCAUUUAAACGAAUUUAAAAUACAAUUAUUAAAUAAAAAUGAUGAAUUGAAAAAGAAAGAGAAUUAUUUAUCAGCACAAGAGCGUAAAUUAAAAGAAAUGGAGAUUAAAAUAGAAGAAGAAUUUGAAUUAAGAAAAAGACAAUUAGAAUUAGAAGCAAAAGAAUUAAGAUUAACUUAUCAACGAGAAUUUAAAUUAGUAGUUGAACAAGAAGUUGAAAAGAUCAAAAAUACAAAUACAACUUAUAAAUUGAAAGGACCAAAAGAAUUGGAAAAAUUUGAUGGAAUAUUAAAAACACGUAUUGAAAAUAAAAUUACAAAUGUACCUAAAUUUAGAGUAACCGAUGAAUUAGAAAGACAAAGACAUACCCCUGAAUAUACAAGAAAGUAUAG